AUGAACCUCUUCCUAUGCCUCUCCUGUGUCCUCGUCCUGCUUACCCUCUCCGCGCUCGCAACCCCCACCUUCCCAGCCUGCGGCACCAUAACAACCCUCCAAAACAGGACCUACACCCUUCGAAACGCAGGCCGCACCUCCUGCCAGCCGCUCACAGUUCACGGUCGCCAGAUCGAUCCUAAGACCUGGAACAUCGUUGAAUUCUGCGCUUGUCGUUUGUACACUGGCAGCGAGAUGGCGAGGCCGUGCAGUGCGGCGUAUUUGUGGAAGGAGGUGGAGGGUCCGAGUCUGGGGCAGUUUGAAGGGCCGAGGGUUGUUGAUUACGAGUGCUGGAACAGGGAGAUUUGGGACUUAACAGGCGCCUACAGGCACCCACGCGAGUGA